UUAACGCUGGCUUGUACCGACAAAAGUGCGAUGCCAUGCCAAUUCCCAUCCCCUACUCCCCACCAAUACCUAAUAAUUGUGCUUCUAUUAAAGAUUGAGCAUCCCACCACUUCAUGAUAAUCUCAAUCAUCAUACACAGAUGCAUGCAAAAAAAAAAAAGGGUAGAAUUCUUCCCCUCUAACUUGAUUAAAUAAGAGUCGUAUCGAAUAGAGAUUCAAGGAAACCCGCUUUCAAGAACGAUUACUGUUGAGUUGCCAAGGCGAUUGGAGACUGCCUCUCUCUCUCUCUCUCUCUCUCUUAUAUUUACGUGUUUUGUCUCUCUAAGCAGGCAGGGCAGCGCAGCGCAAACAGAGGAUGAAGAAGAAGAGCAGCAACGGCAACUCCUGUGGAGAAGGUUAAGCAGCAGCAGUAGUAAGGGAGGGAGAAGGUUCAGCAGCAGCAGCAGCAGUAAUGGAGGAGGACGAGAGCACAGCCCUCAAUUGGUUGGUCGAAGCCUUCCCCUUUCUUUCCAUCGACGCCAUUUUGUCUGCAUAUUGUGAUGCCAAUGGCGAUGCUGCAAUGGCCGCCCAAACCCUGCAAGGCCACCCUGCCACUGAGGUCCCCGCUCCCAAUUCGUUGUCCGCCAAUGGCUGCGACUCUCUCAACCAUUCUUCCAAAAAGAAGAAGAAUCAGAAGAAGAAGGAGGCUGCCUCCACAAGUAGCGGCACAGUUUCCAGUGUUUUGGGAAAGGGGUACAUAGUACCCUCUGUUCAAAGAGUUAAUUCGAAGCCCUUGUCAAUGGCGAUUCGAGAUGCAAAUAGGGUGUUGUUUAAAUGUAGUAAUGGAGAAACAGUGGAUGAAAGGUUGCCGACUGCUACUGUAACAACAAAUUCUGCUAUGGGUGGUCAGGAGCCUUCUUCUCAUGAAGCCGCUGAAAAUUUCUUAUGCUCAAUGCUUGGUGAAGGAUGCGAAUUAAACAUGGUUGUCAUCAAAGACGUUCUCUGUCAUUGUGGGUAUGAUAUUGAAAAGAGCACAAAUAUGUUGCUUGCUUUGUCAUCUAGUUCUUUUGGAGUGUCUGAUGAUGGAACUUCCUCUCCUUAUAAGAUAAGUUCUGAAGGUUCUAUGGAAACUGACUUAUCCAGUGAUUUCCAGACUGUUGAUCAAGCAUUGGAAUUAAAAUUUCCUCAGCUGUGCAAAUGGUUAUAUGAAAUACCACAGUCUGCUGAAUAUAAUAGUAGGGAUGACUCCGAUCUUAUGCAUGUGCAUGGAGCACAUAUUUUAUCACAUCCUGGAAUGUGUGAAGGCGAUCCUCAACAGAAGGUUUUGGAAACUUUGUUUAAUAUUCCUGAGAGUACUGAGCAUGAACCAAAAUAUAUGGAUUGGAAGAGUGUCACAAACAAGUUGGAGGCAUCUGGCGAAGGACUAAAAUUUCAAUCUGGCGAAUUGCAACCUAGUCUCGUAGAAGCAAGUGUAGGUAAAGGAGAUGAGUACAAGUUUUUUCGGAAACCUGCAAGACUGCAUUGGGAUGAUAUGAAAUCCCUUUACAAAAGAGCAGCAACAGCAUACACAAAGGGUGAGUGGGCUAAUGCUGCUCAUCUUUCCGAGAAGGGGAGAGCAUGCAAAAGAAUGGCCCGCAAAGCAGAAGAAAGUGCUAGCAAGAGGAUCUUCGAGCUCAGAAACAAGGGAGUCCAAAAUGAAGUCACAAUUGAUUUACAUGGCCAACAUGUUAAAGAAGCAUUGAGGAUUUUAAAAUUUCAUAUCACAUUGUUCACUUGCACUCCAGUAAUUCAGCGUCUUAGGAUUAUCACAGGGAGAGCUGCACAAGGUGUUGCUAGGGGGAUAAAACAAUCAGUGAGGGUUCCUUUAAACCAUUGUUCUUUGGCAUCACUGAAGACUAUUAUUGAUUACUGUUAUUUGCUUGUUGGCCAUGCCCAAGUGUAUGAGCAAUGGUAUUUACUAAUGCGCAGUCAUAGCUGAGAGACUUGGAGCAACACAACAAGCAGGGCACUGUUAUUUUGUGAUUUUAUUGUUCUUGUUUGCGCGUUUAGUUACUCAAGACAUGAUGUCCAUGUUUUGAACAUUAUCUAACUCUCUAGAACGUUGUUGUCUCAGGUCAUCAACCUUUUGCAGAAGGAAGGCAUUGGAUGGGAAGAAGAAAACGUUGGAACAAUAGUUAUUAGAU